CUUUACUCGACCGGCUGCUGCCAGAUCAAAACAAAUACACCCACCGGAUGCAGCUAGUUAAAUUGUUUAGGAUUUUCCCUGGUUUGCAUUCCAAUUUUAUUUUAUUACUUUAUUGUUAUUCGGAGCAACCAAGACUAUCUGUUGGCAAACAAAUUUUAUUCAUCACUGAUUUGGUUUCCCUAAAAACUGGGUAUUGAAAGAUGUUAGUCCCCCUAUACUUGCUUUCAUAUAUCGUGUGGUCUCUCACCACAUACCAACAUGUUCAUGGCGGCAUACUAUACCCAUAUGAAUCAGAAACCAGAGAAGUGAAACCUCUUGAUGGUCUUUGGACAUUUUGCACUACUCCAAAAGAUCAAUCACAAGAUGUAGGCUUUUCAGAAAAGUGGUUUAACUUGGACCAUCAUGACAAUAAAAUGUCUGGAGAACACUGUCAGCUGAUGCCAGUGCCAGCUAGCUACAAUGACAUUCCAACUGAUUCUUCGGUGCGAGACUUCAUUGGCUGGGCUUGGUACAGAAAACCACUUUUUGUGCCUAAAAGAUGGUCUGAAGAUAAAUUGAAAAUAUUUGUUCGAUUCGGAAGUGUUCACUAUCAUGCCAUAGUGUGGAUGAAUGGACAGCAGGUGGGGGAACAUGUGGGGGGCCACCUUCCCUUCCAAUUGGACGUCACAUCCGUCCUCAACUACGGCACUGCAAACACCUUGACUGUUGCUGUCAACAACACUCUCACAAACGUCACUCUGCCUCAAAUGCAAAUACACCAUCCCAAUGACACGUCCAGGUACCCUCCAGGAUAUGUAACAUAUUCACAGAAGUUUGAUUUCUUCAACUAUGCUGGAAUACAUCGUCCUGUUUAUCUUGUUGCCCUGCCUUCAGUUCACAUUGAUGACAUCACCUUGACAACAACCGUGAAUUUUGAAUCAAAUGGUCUGGAUAGAGUAACUGUAGGAACUGUACAGUUUUCUGUUGAACACACAUUUCAAGGCUCUGAAGAGGAUGUGAGUUGUGAUGUUUCUAUAUCAACUCAAGGAGGAAGUAUAAUCCAUCAUGACAUUACUUCAUGUUCAUCAGAAAUUUCAAUCAGACAAGCUAAACUCUGGUGGCCUAGAUUUUCGCAUGCUAAACCCGGAUAUCUGUACACUUUUGAGGUUUCUUUGAUAGUUCAAGGCAUUCCUGUGGAUGUGUAUAGACUUCCUUUUGGAAUUCGCACUGUUUCUUGGAACAAGUCAAGUCUUAUGAUAAAUAGUAAGCCUGUUUACCUGAGGGGCUUUGGUAUGCACGAAGACUCAAAUCUAAGAGGAAAAGGCUUGGACUUGGUACACACUGUUCGAGAUUUUGAAUUGAUCAACUGGUUAGGAGCUAAUGCCCUUAGGACAUCACACUAUCCCUACUCUGAAGAAACAAUGAAUUUAGCUGACAAGUAUGGUAUACUUGUUAUUGCUGAGAGUCCUGCAUGUACUAUUGACUCAUUUGGAGAAGAGAUACUUUCACACCACAAAACAGUUUUGAAUGAACUUAUUUCUCGGGACAAAAAUCAUCCCAGCAUAAUUGCUUGGUCUAUCGCAAAUGAGCCAUACUCUGAUCUUCCACAAGCAGACCAUUAUUUUGGAACGUUGGCUGAUUUGAUUCGUUCUCAAGAUCCUACAAGAGCUGUCACUUUUGUCAGCAGUCGGAGUUGGAACAAUGACAAAGCUGUGCAACACAUGGAUUUCAUUUGUGUGAACCGUUAUGCUGCCUGGUACUCAGACUCUGGCUUACUGUCUCUGAUUGAAAGGCAAACGGUUGAAGAGCUGAAAGCGUGGCAUGACAGGUGGCAAAGACCAAUUGUAAUGUCAGAAUAUGGAGCUGGUUCCUUGAGUGGCUUCCACAAGUUGCCUGCUGUAAUGUGGACUGAGGACUACCAAGUCCUAACACUUCAUAAGCAUUUCCCUGCAUUCGACUACCUAAGACUGAAUGGGUUGCUAGCUGGUGAAAUGAUUUGGAAUUUUGCUGACUUUAACACCCCUCAAGAAUACAUUCGUCCCGGUGGAUGCAUGAAGGGACUCAUGACUCGGGAACGCCAGCCAAAAGCAGCAGCACACUUAGCAAGAUGGCGGUAUUGGAAGCUGGCUCAGAACACUAGUGGCUUUUCCAUUCCAGAAGAUUUGCUUUAUUCAUGAAUUUAACUUUCAUGUACCUAUACCUCUUGAAAUAAAAUACUAUAAAUUUCUGA